AGUAUAUUAUAGACUCAUCUAUUUAGUAAGGUGAAGAUUUAAUAAAUAUAUUAAUUUAUCGUUGAACUCUAAAUGACACAUAAGUACAGAGAGAAGUGUUGAUUUUAAAUUAGCGCACUUUUUACAUGCGCACGUAACCACAGAGUGUACUCAUGUCGCUAUCUUUAGUCUGUAUGACAGGUUUCCUAACCUAUUAUACCAGUCAACUUUAACUAUUUUUAUUUCGUUUCACAGUGGAGAGCGACAAUUUUCGCAGAGGAAAAAGUUGCUCCUUAUUAAAAAAUGCGUUGAUUGAGUCUAUUUUUAUCGAAUUCUAAGGCGGAGCCCCUAAACUGGAUAAUUACCAUUUUCGCAGAGGAAAAAGUUACUCCUUAUUAAAAAACGCGUUGAUUGAGUCUAUUUUUAUCGAAUUCUAAGGCGGAGCCCCUAAACUAGAUAAUUACCCAAAUUAAUAUUAAUAUGUUACAUUUUUUGCAUAGCCUCAGUCGAUUAACAUUUAGGUUUUUGCUAGAGCUAUUAAGCAAAAAAUUAUCGAAACAAUUAGAGGGAUGUGGCAGACGUACAAUAUCACCUGAAAAAACAUUAUUAGUAGCGAUAUGGAUGAUGGCAACUCCUAAUUCAUAUAGAUGUAUUGCUGAUCGAUUCGGUAUUGGUAAAGGAACUGCUUGAAGAUGUGUCCAAAAAGUUGUAUUCCAAAAUGCCAAUAGUCCAAAAUACGUUGUAUUCACAUCUUGACAGAUUUAUUACAUGACCACAAAGAGCUGAAGAAAUUUGGACAUGUAUUAAAAAUAGAUACAAAUUUCCAAAAUAAAAGAUAGGAGCAAUAGAUGGGACGCAUAUCAAAAUUGCAGCACCAAAAUUACAUUCAGAUGCUUAUAUAAAUAGGAAGGGCUACCAUUCCAUGCAGUUACAGGUGGCCAGUAAUCAUGAUUUAAAAUUUACUCAUGUUUAUGCAGGACAAGUAGGGUCAGUACAUGAUAUGAGAGUUUUUCGACUAUCAAGUUUAGAGAAUUUAUGUACAGCACAAAAUUUUCCUGAAAAUAGUCACAUAUUAGGUGACGCUGCCUGUAGUAUCCAAAAAUAUGUUAUGGUUCCAUUCAAAGACAAUGGACAUUUAACUGAUGUGCAAAUAAAAUACAAUACUUGCUUGUCUCAAGCCAGGAUGAUGGUAGAAAAAGCAAUAGGCUUGUUAAAAGGAAGGUUUCGGAGUCUUUUAGAUACACUACCCAUGAGAAGAACCGAUUUAAUCCCUAAAUAUAUCGUUGCUUGUUGUAUUCUACAUAACAUUUGUUUACUCCAAAAUGAUCAUAUGGAUAUACCUGUUAUUGUAGAACAAAACGAAUGUGCACAAAAUGUCGAAAUGGGAAUCUUACAAGGUUUACGAGAAGAAAGCAUUGAAAAACGUAACGCAAUCAUGUAUUACUUACAAAAUGAAAAUUGUAAUUUUUAAUCAAAUAAUUAACAAAAAUUAUAAUUUUGAUAUUCCUUAUUUUUAUGGAUUUAAAGCGUUUAAUAUCUCAUAGAACAUAAUAAUAGGAUAUAAUAAUAAAUAUGCGCGUGCGUUGUAAAUGUACAUAUACAACUUGUACAUAUACAACUUAAAAUAUAAAAACGAAGAAUA